UUUGAUUGUAAAUCUAGUCUCAAACUACUCGUACCUUACCAUAACUUGCAAUGACUGUUCUCUCUAAAUUUGCAGAAGGAUCUUCAUCUCCUUCAUCUACUAAUCGUCAUAAACAUGACGUCUUUUUAAGUUUUCGAGGUGUUGAUACUCGUAAUAAUUUCACAGAUCAUCUCCAUAAAGCCCUCCUGGAUGCCAAUAUCUCUACCUUUUUGGAUGAUGAUGAAAUUGAAGCCGGAGGAGAUCUCAAACCGGAAUUGGAGUGUGCCAUUAAAGAAUCUAGAGCUUCUGUUAUCAUUUUGUCCAAGAAUUAUGCGAAUUCAUCAUGGUGCCUUGAUGAAUUGGUACUUAUCCUUGAGCAACGUAUGACAUCCAACCAAAUUGUUAUCCCCAUUUUUUUUCAUGUUGAGCCCAGCGAUAUUAGGAAGCAAGAAAGUAACUUUGCACUUUCAAUCGCUGAGCACAAAGAGAAGAUGGAGGCAGAAAAAAAUGCAUCUAAAAAACGUCAGUUGGCUCAAAAGAUUGACCGAUGGAUUAAAGCACUUACUGAAGUUGCUAAUUUAAAAGGGAUGCACGCAAAAGGAAGGCGGGAGACGAAGUUCAUUGCAGAAAUUGUCGAGGACAUCUACCGUAAAUUACAUGUACCUGCACGGAGUGCUCAGCCACUUAUUGGGAUGGAAGAGUCCAUUGACUUUGUCACUUCAUGGUUGCGAGAUGGAUCCUCAAACACAGGAGACAUACUCACUAUUUUGGGUAUGGGCGGGAUUGGAAAGACAUCUUUAGCCAAAUAUGUCUAUGGGUUACAUUUUCGUGAAUUUGACACUAGAAGCUAUAUUGAAGAUAUCGGUAGGAGAUGUGCUGGAAAAUAUAACGGGUUGCUUGAUCUAACUAAGCAGCUCUGUGAUGACAUUUCAAAAAGAAGCCUGAUCCAAGUUUAUGAUGUUUCUGUAUACACCUCAAAGAUAGAAAAUGUAUUAGCCAAUAAAAAGGUGUUUCUAGUUCUUGAUGAUAUCAAUAGUCUCGACCAGUUGGAUGCAUUACUUGGAAACAAAGGUUUUCAUCCCCAAAGCAAGAUAAUAAUAACAUCAAGGAACGCAUGGCUAACAAAGAGUUGUGCAUUAUUCAAAAAGGAAGUUGUUCCCAGGCAUGAAGAGCAUUGGCUUCAAGGCUUAGAUAAGGCUCAUUCACUACAACUUUUGUGUUUUCAUGCACUUAAGUCCAAGGAUCCCAAGCCAGGCUAUGAAAUUGUUUCGGAGAAGUUUAUGAAGUAUUGUAGUGGACAUCCAUUAACUCUUGAAGUUUUGGGCAAGUCUUUACAUAAACGAGAUGCAGCUUAUUGGGAAGAGUGCAUAGAAGGGCUAGGGAAAGAAAAUGAUUCCCGUAUAAUGGAUGUAUUGAAGAUGAGCUAUGACUCUUUGCCAUCUAGAAAUGAUAAGGAAUUAUUCAAGCAUAUUGCUUGUUUUUUUGUUGGAAUGGAUAGAGAUUUUUGCGACACAAUAUUAAAGGCUUGUGAUAUAAAGACAAGUUCUGGAAUCACGAAUCUCAUUGACAGAUGCCUUCUUAGUAUUGGAUGGAAUAACAAAUUGGUGAUGCAUCAGUUGCUUCAAGAGAUGGGAAGAUUCAUCGUACGUGAAGAAUCACUUGACAAGCCAUCAGAGCAAAGUCGGUUGUGGUGUCAUGAGGAUUCAUCCAGAGUGUUGAAGCAAAAAAAGGGUACAGAAAAUACUCGAGGACUCACCCUUGAUACGAGAAUGCUUAAGAAUAAAAGGUUACGUAAAACUUUUGAGUUGGAACUAGAUGCAUUGAGUACUAUGGAUAGUUUAAUGCUACUACAACUGAAUUAUGUGAAAUUCAAUGGGUCUUACGAGAACUUUCCAGAAGAAUUAAGAUGGCUGUGUAUGCAUGGGUUUCCUUUAAAGUCUAUACCUUCAGACCUACCAAUGCAGAAUUUGGUUGCUCUUGACAUGUCAGAUAGCAAAAUUAAAUCAUUUGGCAUGUGUUAUAAAGAACGACCCUUGAAGAGGCAAAAGCUGAAUGGAUCGUGCUCAAAAGACAAAAUAUUGCUUGGAUCACUAAAGAUUCUUAAUUUAAGUUUCUGUAAAGAGCUUCAUAGUAUUUGUGGUUUUGAUGGACUACCAGCACUUGAGAGGUUAAUAGCUACAAACUGUAGUGGUUUGCUUGAGGUUUGUGAAUCAAUUGAGCAAUGUGAUGAACUUGUCUUCGUCGAUCUCAGUUAUUGCAACAAGCUUGAUAAACUUCCACAAACAAUAGGCAUGUUAAAAAAGGUUGAAGAACUAUUCCUAGAUGGAUGUAAUCUCGGCCAAUCUAGGCUUGAGAUUAGGGAUACGGAUUAUCCAGAAAAGCUCAAGGCUAACCACACUGGCAUCACUGUUAUGAAGCCUAUACCAACUGAUUUGAAGUUGUUUACAAUUUCUUUACCGGGAUCUUUAGUAAGGCUGUCACUUAAAAAUAAUAAUUUGUCAACAGAAUCGAUUCCCAUGGACUUAAGUUGCUUAUCCAUGUUGGAGGAAUUAUAUUUAGAUGGCAAUCCUAUCGUUUUCCUGCCCGAUUGUGUGAGAAACCUUCCUAGGCUUGAAAUACUUCGCAGCGACAUUGCAGGUGGCACCACCUAUAAAAGAAGAGCAAGUGUUUUGUAGAGCUUCAUGCAAAAGGAAGUCUGACAGGCGACAUGCUUGUCAUUCACGUGAGUGACGUCAAUGCAAGUGGGUCUUUGUUCUGGCAUCCACAUUCCUCCACUACCUGUCUACCCACCUCUGGCUUCCCCAGUCAAAUUCCAUGGGCAUCCCUCCCACCUUGGCAGACGCAUGUGGGGUCUCGUUACGAGUUCACACUUAUUGGAGUAAACAUGAUGGACUUCUACAAUGUAAGCCUUGUCUAAGGGUAGAAUCCCUUGGGUAUAUCCGUUUUACUAGUCGGGAUUAGCAAUAACCUUUACAUGUGACUUUGAGUAUUUUAGAGUAUUGAUGACUUAGCACCAGCUGGAGAACCAACAAGUGACGAGCCAUAUUAGUUUGUGGACGUGUGGUUGACUGCCCAUUAGCUAAAUGACAAUUAGCUGGUAACGUCCCAAAAAUAGGACCACGAUGUAACAUUCCAAAAAUAGGACCACAAAAUUUCAUUUUUAAUCAAAUAAAAAUAGU